AUGAGCUGUGAAAUUUGUUUCAACCCCUGCACUAUCUUCGAAAGAGUUGAUGAUGCCAAAAAGGGGGAGAAAAAUGACUCUGAGGAAAAUCCUUCAGUAACUUUUGUUGAAACAUCUAUCAAAGAAAAGGAAAAGGGAGGUGAUGGAACCCUGAAAAUUCAAGCAGAUGAUGAAGAUACACAAUUGAGGAUCGUUCAAAGUCAAGUCAAUUCAGCUAGUCUCAAAACCACUGCUGAUAUUAAAAGGGUAAGGGAUGAGAGUAGAGCUUUGGUUGAGAAACAGUUAGUUCUGCAAAAGGAAAAAGAAGAGGAUGAUACUUCAUUAAAGAAGAGUCCUGGGGAGAAAAAUGACUCUGAGGAAAAUCCUUCAGUAACUUUUGUUGAAACAUCUAGCAAAGAAAAGGAAAAGGGAGGUGAUGGAACCCUGAAAAUUCAAGCAGAUGAUGAAGAUACACAAAUGAGGAUCGUUCAAAGUCAAGUCAAUUCAGCUGGUCUCAAAACCACUGCUGAUAUUAAAAGGGUAAGGGAUGAGAGUAGAGCUUUGGUUGAGAAACAGUUAGUUUUGCAAAAGGAAAAAGAAGAGGAUGGUACUUCAUUAAAGAAGAGUCCUGUUAGAAAAACAAGGCUAUCAACCACCACAGCUUCUAAAACUAAGCCAGUUACUACUUUAACCACAACUUCUGCUCCCACAAAAUCACUUACACCUCCACCAUUAACAAUAUAUGUCACCCAAACAACUGCCACCAAUACCACAUCAACACACACACUACCACAAACACCACUUGCUGCCAUCCUUCAUCAAAGAAGGAAACAAAGCAGAUGGAUGCAGAUAUAUCAAAAGAAGACCAAGCUUGAGAAGAAUAUAUCAUGA